UGUUGUCAGAAAAGCCAACGACUUUCACAAUCACUGUGACAUCUGAAGCUGGAGAAAAUGAUGAAACUGUCCAAACAACCCUUAAAUUUACCUAUAGAGAAAAGUACCCUGACGAAACUCCACUUUAUGAAGUUGUCUCACAGGAGAAUCUUGACGAUAAUGAUGUCACGGACAUAAUGAAGCUGCUAGAGCAGCAGGCAGAAGAAAAUUUAGGAAUGGUAAUGAUCUUCACUCUAGUCUCAGCAGUACAGGAGAAAUUAAAUGAAAUAGUGGAUCAAAUAAAAACACGAAGAGAAGAGGAGAAAAAACAGAAAGAAAAAGAAGCAGAAGAAGAAGAGAAACAACGUUUUCAUGGCACUCCUGUUACCAUUGAGAAUUUCCUAAAUUGGAAAGCCAAGUUUGAUGCAGAACUCCUAGAAAUAAAAAGGAAAAAGAUGAAAGAAGAAGAACAAGCAGGCAAAAACAAAUUAAGUGGUAAACAGCUGUUUGAAAUGGAUCACAAUCUUGACACCUCUGACAUCCAAUUCUUGGAGGAAGCUGGAAACAGUGUGGAGGUUGAUGAAUCUUUAUUCCAAGAAAUGGAUGAUUUAGAGUUGGAAGAUGAAGAGGAUGACCCUGACUACAACCCUGUUAAUUCAGAUAGUGAUUAGACUUACUUGAACUGUCAUCAGUAUGGACAUAUGUAAGGACAGAGGGGCAGGCAGGAAAGCCACAGCAUCUGUGGUUUCAGUGAUGUGCAUUGAUUUUUCUUUAUACUUUUUGUAAAAUUUUUUUCUUCCAAAGAAAAAUACCAAAAUAUUUUAAAUCCAGGAGAAUGGUCUUCUGAUGACUUUCAUCAUAAAUAAAUUUACUGUAAUAUUUCAGAUGAAAAA